CGGUGAGAUGUUUAUUCAACACUUUUAAAAGGCUACCAGAGUAAUGUAAUUGUAUACUCGUAAAUCCAAUCAUUGAGUUCCCACUUUUCUAAUAUAUUCCAGAUAAAGUGCUGAAAUGAAUUCACCUUGGACAGACAGCCAAUCGUGUGAAUGAAGACGUGGUGACAGCCAAUACGGUGUUUGGGGGCGGGGCCUCUUGAUACACUUCUUAAUUUUUCUUUUUUUUCCGUCGCCCAGCUCGCGUGGAUACAGGAUACAGUACGUUACGCACCUAGAGGGCACGGACCUCCUCGGAACAUGAGCGUGCUCCGAAGUUACGCCACUUGCGCCCGGAGCAGCCGUUUUUAAAGUUGGAAGGACACUCAGUGAGCGCGAGUCAACCAUGGAGAAAGUCUGUAAAGAUGCUAAGACCAACCCGGCAGCGACCGCGAGCCUCAUCUCCAAGAUAUUUUUCUGGUGGCUCAAUCCUUUGUUCAAAACUGGAUACAAACGCAGGCUGGAGGAAGAUGACAUGUACGAAGUGCUUCAAGAAGACAAAUCAGAGAAUCUGGGACAGGACCUGAAGAGAUACUGGGAUCAUGAGGUCCAUGUGGCCACAAAAGAAAUGCGUACACCAGCUCUCAGCAAAGCCAUUGUCAAGUGCUACUGGAAGCCAUAUGCAGUGCUGGGAUUGUUUACCUUUAUCGAGGAAGGCAUUAAAGUGCUGCAGCCUGUCAUUUUGGGUAAGGUGAUUCAGUACUUUGAGAAUUAUGACCCUAAUAACAUGACGGCCUUAUACGAGACCAUCGGCUAUGCCUGUGCCUUGUCUAUCCUCACCAUCGGACUGGCGCUGCUCCAUCACCUCUACUUCUACCACGUCCAGAGAGUGGGCAUGAAGAUCAGGGUGGCAAUGUGUCACAUGAUUUACAAGAAGGCUCUGUGUCUUAGUAGUUUAGCCAUGGGAAAGACCACCACAGGCCAGAUUGUCAACCUCCUCUCGAAUGACGUUAACAAGUUUGAUGAUGUGACUAUCUUCCUGCAUUUCCUGUGGGUGGGACCCCUCCAAGCUGCAGCAGUCGUGGGGCUGCUUUGGGCUGAGAUUGGUCCAUCGUGCCUGGCAGGCAUGGUGGUGCUCAUGUUCUUGUUGCCCCUGCAAACCAUGUUUGGAAGGCUUUUCUCCACGUUUAGGAGUAAGACAGCUGCUUUGACUGACAGCAGAAUCCGCACAAUGAAUGAGGUGGUAUCUGGGAUUAGGAUCAUUAAGAUGUAUGCUUGGGAGAAACCAUUUGCUGCACUGGUCUCUGACGUUAGAAGCAAGGAGAUCUCCAAGAUCAUGAAGAGCUCUUAUCUACGAGGGCUCAACAUGGCGUCCUUCUUCUGCGCCAGCAAGAUCAUCGUCUUUAUCACCUUCACCAUCUACGUUCUUCUGGGAAACACCAUCUCAGCCAGCCGCGUGUUUGUGACUGUGUCGCUGUACUCAUCUGUGCGACUCACUGUCACGCUGUUCUUCCCAAGUGCCAUUGAGAAGCUGUUUGAAAGCCGCGUCAGCAUCCACAGGAUUCAGGAGUUUUUGUUGCUGGACGAGGUCAAAAAAAGCGCUUCUGCACUGCCUCAGGAGGAGAAGGACACAUUUUCUGUAACGAUUCAGGACCUGGUUUGCUACUGGGACAAGAGUCUAGAUGCUCCAUCCCUGCAAAAUGUCUCAUUCACACUGAACUCAAAUCAGUUGUUGGCCAUAAUUGGACCAGUGGGAGCUGGAAAGUCCUCCCUGUUGAGCUCCAUCCUGGGAGAGCUGCCCAACGAGAAGGGAGUGCUGAAGGUGAAAGGCCAGCUAACCUACGCUGCCCAGCAGCCAUGGGUUUACCCCGGGACCAUCCGCAGUAACAUCCUUUUUGGAAAAGAGCUCAACCCACAGAUGUACGAGAAGGUCAUAAGAGCCUGCGCUCUAAAGAGGGACUUGGAGCUGCUGCCUGAUGGAGACCUGACACUGAUUGGAGACAGAGGAGCCACUCUCAGUGGGGGACAGAAAGCUCGAGUCAACCUAGCGAGAGCCGUAUAUCAGGAUGCUGACAUCUACCUCCUGGACGAUCCUUUAAGCGCCGUGGAUGCUGAGGUUGGGAGACACCUCUUUGAACAGUGUAUCUGUGGCCUAUUGAAGAACAAGCCUCGUAUCCUGGUCACCCACCAGCUGCAGUAUCUGAAGGCAGCAGACCAGAUACUGGUCCUCAAGGAGGGUCACAUGGUGGCAAAGGGGACAUAUGCAGAGCUGCAGCGGUCUGGGGUGGACUUCACCUCCCUGCUGAAAAAGGAAGAGGAGGAGGAGCAACAGCAGCCUUCACAGGACAUCAGUGGCAGAACCAGGACUUUAUCCCAGAAUUCAGUGCUUUCUCAGGCGUCCUCUGUGAACUCAGCCAAAGAUGGAGACCAGUUACCGGCAGAGCCGAUGCUGGCGGUGGCAGAGGAGAGUCGAGCUCAGGGAAACAUUGGAAUGGGUCUGUACGUCAAGUACUUGAGAGCUGGAGCCAGCGUUGUGGCCCUAGUUCUCGUCAUGUUCAUCAACCUACUGGCUCAGUUAGCUUACAUCAUGCAGGACUGGUGGCUGGCAUUUUGGGCCGAUGAGCAAGAGAAGCUCAAUAUAAACGGCACCAUCGUCCAGAACGAACAGAACGUCACCAAAGAGCUGGAUUUGGAUUUCUACCUGGGAAUUUAUGGAGGUCUGACAGCGGCCACCAUCGUUUUUGGCUUUCUCCGGAAUCUCGUGCUGUUCAACGUGCUGGUGAGGUGUGCACAGUGCCUGCACAACCGCAUGUUCAGCGCCAUACUCAGGACACCGGUGCGCUUCUUUGACAUAAACCCAAUUGGACGAGUUUUGAACAGGUUUUCCAAGGACAUCGGUCAGCUGGAUUCCAACAUGCCCUGGACCUUUGUGGACUUUAUUCAGUUGUUCUUACAGAUUCUCGGGGUGAUUGCUGUGGCAGCCUCGGUGAUUCCCUGGAUCCUCAUCCCUGUGGUGCCCCUCCUUAUUUUCUUCUUCUACCUCCGCCGCUACUUCCUGCAGACGUCCAGAGACAUCAAACGCCUCGAGUCCACCACGAGGAGUCCCGUCUUCUCCCACCUUUCCUCAUCUCUUCAGGGACUGUGGACAAUACGAGCCUUUGGAGCUGAGGAGAGGUUCCAGAAGGUUUUUGACGCACAUCAGGACCUUCACUCAGAGGCUUGGUUCCUGUUCCUGACCACCUCUCGCUGGUUCGCUGUCCGUCUGGAUGGCAUCUGCUCCAUCUUUGUUACCAUCACCACAUUUUGCUGCCUGUUGGUUAGAGAACAGCUGGAUGCUGGCUCUGUUGGUCUGGCUCUGACCUAUUCCGUUACACUGAUGGGGAUGUUCCAGUGGGGCAUCAGACAGAGCGCAGAGGUGGAGAACAUGAUGACAUCAGUGGAGAGAGUGGUGGAGUACACGGAGCUGGAGAGUGAAGCUCCCUGGGAAACCCAGAAGCGCCCUCCUCCUGACUGGCCCAACAAGGGUCUGGUGAACUUUGACAAGGUCAGCUUCUCCUACAGCUCUGAUGGACCGCUGGUGCUGCAGGAACUGAAGGCAAUGUUCAGACCCAAGGAGAAGGUUGGUAUUGUGGGCAGAACAGGUGCUGGGAAAAGCUCCUUGGUGUCAGCUUUGUUUCGACUGGCAGAACCUCAGGGAAAGAUCUACAUCGAUGGUGUGUUGACAUCAGAGAUCGGCCUCCACGACCUGCGUCAGAAGAUGUCCAUCAUUCCUCAAGAUCCGGUGCUGUUCACUGGUUCCAUGAGGAAGAACUUGGACCCCUUUAACCAGCACACAGAUGAGGAACUGUGGAACUCGCUGCAAGAGGUGCAGCUAAAGUCUGUGGUGGAGGAACUUCCUGCCAAGUUGGAGACAGUUUUGGCCGAGUCUGGCUCAAACUUCAGUGUUGGCCAGAGACAGCUGGUCUGUUUGGCCAGAGCCAUCUUGAGGAAGAACCGCAUCCUCAUCAUUGAUGAGGCCACAGCCAACGUUGACCCCAGGACUGAUGAGCUGAUCCAGAAAACCAUACGGGACAAGUUCAGGGAGUGCACCGUGCUCACCAUCGCUCAUCGUCUCAACACCAUCAUAGACAGCGACAGGAUUCUGGUUCUCGAUGCAGGGAAGAUCCACGCCUAUGAUGAACCUUACGUCCUGCUUCAAGAUCCAGGUGGAAUCUUUUUCAAAAUGGUGCAGCAAACAGGAAAACAGGAGGCGGCUGCUCUACUGCAGAUGGCUAAACAGGCGUACGGUAGCAGAACCCGUCCUGACUUAUCAAACGGACACGCAGAAACAGCACAAGGGAACUUGGUGAUCUUUGAAACAGCUCUGUGAGGACUGGACUUCCUGCCUGAGCUGAUGGAAAACAGAGUGAGCUCAUCUGCGUCUGCUGGUGAGGAAUGGAGGGCGGACGGGACCUGCACAGGAGCUCUGGUUCAGAACAGCUCACACGUUCUACGCACAUUACAUUCCCUUCUGCUGCACAGAAACUGACAGCGGACACUAUUUAUUUUAUUUGUCCUAUUUAUGGGGUGUACGGCUGCUUCUUAGUUCACUGUUGCCUUGGAGAGGCUAGAUGCCUUAAUACAGGUUCCCAACACUUUGUUUGUAUCACAGUUAGACUUUGAUCUACCCACACAGCCUUAUGUUUAUUGCUUAGUCACCUUAGUGCACGUUUUAAGAUCACACUAAAGUGUUCAACACUCGAAGUGGAAGGUUGCAGCACGAGCACAGCUGCUACAGCUCAGGUGGAGAGGCCUUUUUUUUCAUGAUGAAAAUUUUGUUUUAAAUGUGUCACAAUUUUUGCAUGACGUAAUAAAUGCACCAAAAUGGCCGCACAGAACCAUAGCUCCUCAUGUGUUUGGUUUAAACUAUGGUUUCUGUUAAAUGUUUACACAGUUGGUGUUCAACAGGAAAAAUACUUUUAGGACACAAUCGCUCACAGUGGAGUCAAGACUGAAUGAAACUUUGUGCCCACAGAAUGUACAAGCAGCAUCUCUUUACACAACUGGAGGUUUCCUCCCUGGUGUCAGAGCCUCCUUUUACUGCUUUUAACUACUUGAGUGUUGACGAUGCUACAGGUUUGUACUUUUCUUAAAUAAAAUUUGACUAAGAAACAAA